UUCCUAUAAAAACGAGUCUCCAAAAAGAAAAAGAACAAAAAAGAGAAGAAGAACAAGUAAAGAACAGAAACUCUGAAAGCAAGGGAAACAUACAUCAGAAUAUCAGAUAGAUACUCAUCAGUAAAUAUAAUCAAACAUCAGUACAACUUACAAUAACAAUUCAUUCAGCAAUUAGCAGGAGCGCAACUACUACUACUACAACAACAGCUGCCUUUGUCUGCUGUACACUUUUUUUUACUCUUUCUUUACCAACGGCCAUUUCCCCUUAACUUCUCCACACAAAUCAUGAAAACUCUCUAAAUCUUCAUCUUCAUCUUCAUCUUCAUCAAAUCAAGAAAUUUCACUGAAAUUUCCAUGUCUUCUCCACCAUAUCCACAACCCAACUUUCUCUCUCCUCCACAACACCAUCACCAUCAUCAUCACAUCACACCUUCUCAUCUCCUUCCACCACUUCUUGGUGCCAUCUUAACUUUCUCUCUCCUCCUUCUCUCUGUUUCCUUCUUCCGCCGUUUCUUCCACCGCCUUAAACCCACCUCUUCUUCUCUCUCUUCCUCCUCUAACCUCCCUCGUCGUUUCUCCUUCUCUCAUCUUCGCCGUAUCACCUCCAACUUCUCCCCGUCUCGGCGGCUCGGUCAAGGCGGGUUUGGGUCAGUUUUCUCGGGUUCUCUUUCGCUUUCUCGAAACCGUGAAGUCGCUGUUGCUGUUAAGUUAUUGGACUCUGGCUCCCUUCAAGGGGAGCGAGAGUUUCAGAAUGAGUUGCUCAUAGCCAACAAGUUAGUUGAGUCGGAUCGGGUUGUUAAGUUGUUGGGUUUUGCUUCGUCUCGUAGACGACGACGUAUGUGCCUCGUUUAUGAGCUUAUGGUUAAUGGUAAUUUGCAGGAUUGUUUGUUGCAUAAGAAAUGCGAGGAGUUGAUGGAGUGGUCUCAUAGAUUUCGUGUUGCGGUUGAGGUUGCUCAAGGAUUGGCGUUUUUGCAUCAUCAUUGUGAUCCUCCUAUAAUUCAUGGUGAUGUUAAGCCUAGUAAUAUUUUGUUGGAUGAUUGUUUUAGAGCUAAGAUUGCGGAUUUUGGUCUUGCUAGAAUUAAAUUGGGGGAAACUAAUGAUGCGGUUGUUGUUAAUAUUGGGGAAAAUCAGGGGAUCACAGGGAAUUUGAAUUGUAAUUCUAAUGAUCAUCAUACUAAUAAUAAUGAUAAUAAUAGUGGUAAUAAAAAUGAUAAUGCUUGUAAUGGUAGCAAUAAUAAUAAUGUUGAUGUUGGGGUGGAGGAUACAGGGUCGGUGAUGGAAACUGAGAGUGUUACCACCACGGUGGGAUUCGAGGAGGGGAGUGUUGGUGUUGAUCUAUCUCCAAUGAGGAUUGAGACCUCUCCGGAGAUGGUGACGGCUAAGACAUCCCCCUCGGAGUUUUAUGACAAGGGGUUGGAUUUAGAGGCUCAGUUCAAUAGGAUGGAUAUGGAGAGUGUUGAAAAAGAAAUGGGGAAGGCGCGAAAUGGGAAUGUCAAUGGAGGGGGGACUGGGAAGGUGAAGGAUUAUGUGAUGGAGUGGAUGGGAAUGGAGGUUGCUAGGGAGGGCUCCCAUAAUGAUUGGGUUAAAGGGGGAGCUUCUUCGAGCUCUGUAGUGCCCAAGAAAGGUGGGAAGACGAAAGGGAAGACGUUAGAGUGGUGGGUGUCUAUGGAGGAAGGGUGGAGUUCGAAGAAGGAGAAGAGGAGGCCAGUGAGGGCAUGGUGGAAGGAGGAAUAUAGUGAGGAACUUGCAAGGAAGAAAAAGAAGAAGAAGAAAAAGAAAAGGAGGGAUCAAGAGUCCAAGAGUGAUAAUGAGGAUAAUUGGUGGCCUAGGGAUGAUGAGAUGUAUGUAGAAAAGAAGAACAAGUAUAACAGGAGUAGGAAGAGUAGUCGGAGUAGUAUUGAUUGGUGGUUGGAUGGUUUUAGUGGAGACCUUUGGAAGGUUCGACACACGAGCUAUGAUUCAAUGAGUGGGGAGAUCCCCAAGAGUGGUGGGAUUAGUAGCACCCCGAGUAUGAGAGGAACUGUAUGCUACAUCGCUCCUGAAUAUAGCAGUGGUGGUGAUCUCUCAGAAAAAUGUGAUGUAUAUAGCUUUGGUGUGUUGCUUUUGGUUCUUAUUGCUGGGAGACGGCCUUUGCAAGUAACAGGCUCGCCCAUGUCUGAAUUCUACAAGGCGAAUCUUGUUUCAUGGGCUCGUCAACUUGCUCGUUCUGGAAAGCUUCAUGAUUUAGUGGACAAGAAGAUUCGUUCAUUGAACAGAGAAGAAGCUCAACUCUGCAUUAUAGUUGCUCUCAUGUGCUUGCAGAAGGCACCAGCUCGCCGGCCUUCUAUGAAAGAAGUUGUAGGGAUGCUUACCGGGGAAUUUGCCACUCCUCAGCUUCCAAUGGAGUAUUCGAAAUCGCCUGCCUCUCAAUACCCUUAUAAGUCCCGGAAGAAGAAUUUCCGGUGAGGUUAUAUUUGUUCAAUUUGUUAUGAUUCAACACUGUACUUAUUAUAGCAUUCAUACUUGUUACCACCUAGCCUGAUGAAAAUAUUUGUUUCGAGAGAUUGCAUAUUCUUUUUCUUUUGAGAGAAUUUUGUACAAUAGGACUGUAACUUCAGAAACCUCAAUGUUUUGUACAGUUAUAAGUUAAUACUUGAAUAAAUUGUUAGAAAAGAACAAAAUUUCUUGUA